CAAAGACAGGGAGAAACAGGACUAAUGGAGGACCAGCCAUUGCUACCUAGUAUACUUGACAUGACAACUAAGUUAUCAGACAUGUCGUCGGACGAAAUCGAAGAGUUCUUGGAACACAAGAAUGUGUCUUUUAAAGGGUAUUUCAAGUUGUUUGCAUGGGAAUCAAGACUACUUUGGCUUUUAUCAGGGGCUGUUAUUAUAGUCUUGAUUUUUAACUACAUGCUUGGUUUUGUCACACUCAUGUUUGUUGGACAUUUUGGUUCAUUGGAAUUAGCUGCUGCUUCCAUUGUUAGUGUGGGAAUUCAAGGCUUUGCUUAUGGUGUCAUGCUAGGUAUGGCAAGUGCUGUUGAGACAGUUUGUGGGCAAGCAUAUGGAGCAAAAAGAUAUGCAGUUAUGGGAGUAAUAUGCCAGAGAGCAAUUAUAUUACACCUUGGAGCAGCAUUUCUCCUCUCAUUUCCAUAUUGGUUCUCCGGGCCACUUCUUAAAGCAAUAGGGCAAUCAGACACUAUUUCUGAACAAGGCGAAUUAUUCGCCCGUGGAUUGAUCCUUCAGCUUUAUGCAUUUGCUAUAAGCUGCCCAAUGCAGAGGUUUCUGCAGGCACAGAACAUUGUCAAUCCUAUGGCUUAUAUAGCUGUCGCCGUGUUUGUUGUGCAUGUUCUGGUUACUUGGCUAGUGGUUGAUGUCUUGGAAUAUGAGCUUCUCGGAGCUUCUCUCGCACAGAGCUUCUCGUGGUGGUUCUUAGUCGUUGCGCAAUAUCUUUAUAUAAUUUUUAGUCCUUUAUGCAAGGAAACUUGGACUGGUCUCUCUAUUGAUGCUUUCAAAAGCAUUUGGCCUUACUUCAAGCUAACUGUUGCCUCAGCUGUCAUGUUAUGCUUGGAGAUAUGGUACUCUCAAGGCCUAGUGCUUGUGUCAGGCCUCCUUCCAAAUUCUACAAUCUCAUUAGACUCCAUCUCUAUCUGCAUGAAUUACUGGAACUGGGAUAUGCAAGUCGCGUUAGGACUAGGCGCUGCAGCCAGCGUUCGAGUUAGUAAUGAGCUUGGAGCAGGACAUCCAAGAGUUGCCAAGUUUUCAGUGAUCAUAGUGAGCUUGACAAGUAUCCUGAUCAGCACAGUUCUCUGCAUUGUUGUGCUGAUAUUCAGGAUUGGAUUAAGCAAACUCUUUACAAGUGACACUCAAGUCAUUGAGGCUGUCUCUAAUUUGACUCCAUUACUUGCCAUUUCUGUUUGGUUGAAUGGCAUUCAACCUAUUCUCUCUGGUGUGGCUGUUGGUAGUGGAUGGCAAGCAGUGGUAGCAUAUGUCAAUCUAGCUACUUACUAUUUUAUUGGCCUCCCAAUUGGAUGUAUUCUUGGCUUCAAAACAAGUUUACAGGAAGCAGGAAUAUGGUGGGGUAUGAUUGCAGGAGUUGUCCUACAAACAUGCACAUUAUCUAUUUUAACUGCCAGAACAAACUGGAAUACUGAGAAUGCAGUCUCAACUAUACAUGUUACUCGCUACAAAUUCUCAACUGAAAUGUAGGUUGCAACCGCUGCUGCGCGCUUAAAGGAAGCUGGAAAUAGAGAAAGUGAAGAUCUUGCAGACAGCCCUUGAAGAGAGUUUCUGUUUACAAAUUCAUAACUAUUUUUCCAUGACGAUGAACGAACAUUUUGACAAUGAGUGUUUGCUUUCACAUCAAAAUGCAUAAAUUUUCCUUGAAAACUUGUCACAAAUUCUUCAAGCCCCAGCAAGUAUUUGUUAUCAAG